AUGUCUGGUUUGUUAGUCAUGCCGCGAAUAUUGCGCUGCUUAAACGUUUCCAGGAUAUCUGCGAUUCUCCUUCGCAGUUGUUUCCUGUACGGAACGUUCUUUGGAGUGAUCACAUUUCGAAUUGAGAGAAAGGACUCGCAGUUGGUGGCCAUCAAUCGAAGGGGUUACCUGUGGAUCUGCCUGGUUAUUAGACUUUUGGCAAGCUGCUUCUAUGGCUACAGUUACGAUGCAUGGUCUGGCCAAUACGAAGAUAUGUACCUUCGAGCUUUUUUCGGUUUCCGAUUGAUUGGCUGUCUGAUCUGCAGCGUCAUUAUCCUGGUGAUGCAGUUUUGGUUCGGCGAGGAGCUCAUUAACCUGGUCAACCGUUUCCUUCAGCUAUUUCGGCGAAUGCAAAGUUUGACAAAUUCUCCGAAAAACAGAUUUGGUGACAGGGCUGAAUUUCUCUUGAUGUUUUCUAAAGUAUUCUCCUUACUUUUCGUAUUCAUGGCCUUUCGAUUAAUGCUCUCACCCUGGUUCCUGUUAACUUUAGUGUGCGAUUUAUACACGUCUGUCGGGACGGGAAUGAUAACACAUUUGUGUUUUGUUGGCUAUCUUAGCAUUGGUGUCCUUUACAGGGACCUAAACAACUAUGUUGAUUGCCAACUGAGGGCCCAGUUAAGAUCACUGAAUGGGGAGAAUAAUUCGUUCCGCAAUAAUCCGCAACCUACACGACAGGCCAUCUCGAAUUUGGACAAGUGUUUGUAUCUCUAUGACGAGAUACACCAGGUGUCACGCAGUUUCCAGCAACUUUUCGAUCUACCACUUUUUCUCAGCCUUGCACAAAGUCUUUUGGCCAUGUCUAUGGUUUCCUACCACGCCAUUCUGCGAAGACAAUACAGUUUCAAUCUCUGGGGCUUGGUUAUCAAACUACUCAUCGAUGUGGUAUUGCUGACCAUGUCCGUGCAUUCAGCUGUUAAUGGUUCUCGAUUGAUAAGACGUCUGAGCUUUGAGAAUUUCUAUGUGACUGAUAGCCAGAGUUACCACCAAAAGCUGGAGCUUUUCCUGGGCCGCCUUCAACACCAGGAGCUGCGAGUGUUUCCUUUGGGCCUCUUUGAGGUCUCCAACGAACUGACCCUGUUCUUUCUCUCGGCAAUGGUGACCUAUCUAGUCUUUCUAGUACAGUACGGCAUGCAGUCGCAGCAAAUUUGA